UCAAAUAUCAAGCGAAGGUCUGAAAUUGCUUACGGAUUUGACAGACACCGAACGUCUUAAAGUCACCGGGGAAUUUUUGAAACCACUUUUGAUAACUCGGGUUCCUGGCACAGAAGAAAGCGUUAAAGUGCAAAAAUUUAUUAUUUCAAAUUUUAAAAAAUUGGGAUGGCAUAUCGAACAAGACAAUUUUACAGACCAUACACCAUUAGGAGAAAAAUCCUUCAACAAUAUCAUCGUAACAAAGGAUAUCAAUGCCAGAAGGCGACUAGUCUUAGCAGCUCAUUACGAUUCGAAAUACUUUCCACCACCUAACGAAUUUGUUGGUGCUACCGAUUCUGCCGUUCCGUGUGCGAUGUUAAUAGAUCUGGCCCAUAGGUUAAAUCCAUAUUUUGAUCAUAGAAAAGAUGUAGAGUCGGCCGACCUCACACUUCAAAUUAUUUUUUUUGACGGUGAAGAAGCGUUUGAAUCCUGGACAAGCACCGAUUCACUUUAUGGAUCUCGACAUCUGGCAGAAAAAUGGGAGAAUACAUAUAUGAUGACGACUACCAAUCCUGAUAAUAAAGCUAGAUCCGUCCUUGAUGCGAUCGAUGUAUUCGUUUUACUUGAUCUUCUAGGCGCGAAAGAACCGAACUUU